AUGAGGAGAGAUCAGAGAAGUCCAAAACAGGAUCCAAUUUUGAGUUCUCAAUAUGUUGUAUGCGAGGGAAGGUACAACUGCCGUUUUGAAGCACUUGAUCGGACGCUCAGGGAUCUUAUGUCAGUUACCGAUCAACAUAAGACACAUCAACCAUUUGGUAGUAAGAUUGUUGUUCUAGGAGGUGAUUUCAGACAGAUACUUCCGGUGAUUCCGAAAGGAAGUAGACACGAUAUAUUGGCAUCCGCUAUUAACUCAUCCCAUCUGUGGUCAUUUUGUAAGGUUCUGAAACUGCAUACGAAUAUGAGGCUUAUAAUGUCUUCUUCGGAUCAAGAUGAAGGUGAAAUGAAGAGAUUUGCUAAUUGGAUACUUGAUGUUGGAAAUAGAAAUAUUGGUUCUGUUGUUGGUGUUGAAUCAGAAGUUGAAAUUUCAGAUGAUCUAUUGAUUACAACUACUGAUGACCUUUUCUCUCAUUUGGUAGACUUUGCAUAUCCAAAUUUGUUGCAAAAUAUGUCAGAUUACAGGUAUUUUCAGAGUAGGACAAUUCUUGCACCCACGGUUGAGAGUGUCAAGAAGGUAAACGAUUUUGUCUUGACAAUCUUUCCAGGGAUAGAAAAGGAGUAUUUGAGCUCUGACGCUACAUGUCAAGCUGAUGAGAAUGAAGAUGUACAACAAGAGUGGUUCACACUAGAGUUCCUAAAUGACAUCAAAUGUUCGAGACUACCCAAUCACAAGUUGACUUUGAAGCCAGGAGUCGCUGGUCAAUCAUUAUCACAUGUACGGCUUUAUUUGCCAAAAUUAGUGUUCACCCAUGGACAACUUUAUGUUGCUUUGUCAAGAGUUAAGAGUCGCAGUGGCCUCAGGGUUUUAAUUCUAGACGAAGACGGCAAUCCAAAGUCAUCAACAACAAAUGUCGUGUUCAAAGAGGUUUUUAAUAAUAUUUAG